AUGCCGUCCUCUCAGUCUUACAGGAAUCGUGGGAUCUUGAGAUUCAACUUCCCGCCGGUAUCCAACUGCAUCCUGCAGCAGUUCAAGCUUUGGGACAGUGCGAAAGCACACGGCCACAAGAUUGCUCUCAACUCCGGACCAUCGACAUCUUCACCGAUGGAUCCUACAACGGAGAGCUCAGUUCUUGGUCAUUUGCUGCCUUUGGGCAAACUCCAGAUCGGAGGAUCUUCCUUGGAUGGGCUGCUGGACCAGUUGCUCUGCAAGCAGAGCCGUUCUGGAUUGGUGCCACAUCAUUCCGCGAGCAAUGGGGAGAGCUCCGCAUUGUUUUGGUCACUUGUCUGGGCCCUUCGCCUAGCUGAUGGCGUCACAUGCACAAUCUGGUCUGAUUCCCUUGUUGCAUCCGGGCAGGCCAGUGGGCGGUAUGGGGCGACUGCCUGCGUCACUAUUGCCACUGCUUGCCGCUCCAUAAGUUAUGUCGCAGAAGCUCUUGGACGGAUCCGUACCCAGGAUUUCCUGCAUGUCCGGGCCCACCAGGGUCAUGGUCGCAAUGAGUUAGUCGAUGCUCUUGCAAAACAGGCGAUAGCAGGCACCAGCCGCAUCCCAACCACUUUCGCCAUUUUGACCGAGUGGAUCCUUGAUGGCAGCAUCGAAUGGGUGUGGUUGCAUGUUGCUGCCGUGCGUGCUCCCUGGGCCUGGCCCACACAUCGCGGGGCUGCUCUCGUUGACCCCACUGGCAGUGACGUCUUCGGUGUUGACUGGUGCCCAGCUGAUAGCUUCUUCAAGGUUUCCUCGCCUGCCCGGCCAGAGACUGCUGACUCUACAACUGUCAGGUUCUGCCUUCGCCUGCUUACCAUUAACGUGCAAACCCUUGAGGAUGGGCAAGGUGACGCAGCCCCUGGACGAGUCAGGUAUGUCAGAGAACAGCUUGAAUCCGUUGGAGCAGUUGUCACGAGCCUACAAGAAACACGAGCGAAGGAGACCUCCACUAGCAUUUCUGAGACUCACUACAGGUUUGUUUCUGCAGGGGAUGCUAGGGGUAAUGGCGGUGUCGAACUCUGGUUUAGUCGUACGCAUCCCUUUGCUUGGGUUGGCGAGGUUCCUCUCUACUUUCACAAUCAGGAUUUCAGAGCCCUUGCAUGGGACCCACGAUACUUGUUGAUCCGCUUUGCUCGGGGCGGGACACGUAUCACUUUCGCUGCCAUUCAUGCCCUGUCUGCUGUCCAUCCUGACAGGCUUGCUUGGUGGACGAAUUUCCGCAACAAGCUGCACACCUGUGCCCAAGGUGACUUCGUUGUCCUUGUUGGUGAUUACAACACGAGAUUCUUUGAAGAAUUGCCUUCUCGCAUCGGCGACCUUGUAUGGGAUAGUGACCAGACUGCACCAGGUCCUUUAUUUGACAUCCUCCAGCGCCACGAUCUUUGGCUCCCUGCCACAUAUAGUGCCUGUCAUCGUGGAGCCAGUCACACGUGGGUCUCGCCCACUGGCUCCGCUACCAGUCGCAUUGACUAUGUUGCCAUUCCCGCUGCUUGGCAUGCUGGCUCUGACAGCUCAUUUGUGCUCCAUGAUAUCGAUUUUGGCCAAACUGGCCUUGAUCACUUUGCUGCAGCCCUGGAUUGCUAUUUUGAGACCUGUGAUGCUUUGCGCGGUCGUCCCGGACCAUCCCAGUGUGAUGUCUUUUUGAUGUCUCAGCCAGAAUCCAGUGACCAACUCCGGGACAUCUGCCAAGCUGCUCCUUUGCUCCCGUGGGGUCUUGACGUCCAUGUUCACUAUGAAAUCCUUGCCAACUACUUUCGUGCCCGACUCUCAGCUGUCUUUCCUUUGCGACGUGCUCGGUGCCGUCGCACCCACUUCUCCAGCACUACAUGGGACUUGAGGCAACAGAAAGUUUGGCUUCGCAAACGGCUCCAUACCUCAGCACAUUGGGCUCGGACAGUUGAAAUACGUGGGGCCUUCCACGCUCUCCGGUCCCAUUGCACCCUCACCGGCUUGCUUCGGCCCCUUGUCCCGUCACUCCUCACGUGUGUCCUUGAAAUUCGCCAGCAUCUGCAAGAGCUUCGGACAAUUAAGCCCCUCCUCAAACGGUCUAUUGUCAGUGACCGUAGUCGUUACUUACAUGAGAUUGCUGUGUCGGCUUCUUCGAGUGCUGCCAAGGAUGUCAUCGUGAAGCUUCGUCCUCUACUUGGGCCUCCCAAGAAGAAGCAGAGGGGCACUUUGUCCCUCCCUGUCGUUGAGCUUGAGGAUGGUACCGUUGCAGGGGACCAUGCUCAGGCUACCGACCGCUGGAUCCGCCAUUUCAGCCAGCUUGAGGAUGGUGGCCCAACCACGCCUGAAGCUCUCCUCCGGCAGUGUCGGCACCGUCAGACCGCCCAGGAUCUGUCUGAUCUUACUCUUGACCAUCGGAUUGUCCCCUCUCGCUGUCUCUUCGAGGACUGUUUGCGGCGGUCACCCACCGGAAAGUCGCAGGGGAACGACUGUAUCCCUGCCGAUCUUCUCCAUCUGCAAGCCAGUUCUGUCUCUCUUCCACUGUUCCAAAUUGCGCUCAAGGCGUCUUAUCGUCUUGCUGAGCCGGUCCAUUGGAAGGGAGGAUCACUUUUUGCCAUUUGGAAACGCAAGGGCUCCAUGCGGCAGUGCGAGUCUUUCAGAGGUAUCCUCGUUUCGAGCGCGCCGGGAAAAGCUUUCCACAGCGCGCUGAGACGAAAGGCAGCCCCUUUCCUCGACUCUGUCGCCGGCAGCCUCCAAAUUGGAGGCCGGCCAGGCUAUCCUGUUCAGCUUGCAAAUCAUACCGUGCGCUCUUUUCAGAGCUUUUGCCAGAACAAUGGUCUUUCGAGCGCCGUUGUUUUCUUAGACCUCAAGGAAGCCUUCCAUAGGGUCGUGAGACCCUUGCUCACAGGAGGCCCUCUUGAUGAUGCCAAUGUCGUCGGCAUUCUGCACACUUUUUGCUUUCCAGAGGAUGCCUUCAGUCGCCUGCAGGAUUAUGUUCGAGAUACCCCGAUUUUUGCCGACUCAGGUGCGGAUCCGUGGCUUUCCGGGGCUCUCACUGAGGUCUUGAGUGACACUUGGUUCACUUGGGAACGUACAUCAUCUCUCGCAGCCGUCCGCGGGGGUACGCGACCCGGCGACAAUUUGGCAGAUCUCCUUUUUAGUUUCCUCUUUUCAGAGGUACUAGCCCGCAUCAGGAAGAAGCUCAAGGACCUUGAUUUGCAGUGUUGUUUUGCGUGGAGUGAGGACUGGAAGGCCUCCCUCACCAAGGGCUCAGACUCGGGGCUUACCGCACAGUCCCCUGCCGAUGUCACAUGGAUGGAUGAUUGUGCCCUCCUUUAUUACUCCUCGUCUGCAUCUGCUGUGCUUGAGGGCACUCGGAGAGUUGCCGCUACGAUGCUCGAUGAAUGUGUCCGGGCUAUUUUGAUGCCCAACUUGGGUCCAGGAAAAACUGAGACUGUCCUUUCCCUACGUGGGAAAGGCGCCCGAUCCUUGAGAAUCCAAGCAUUUGCUGGCAUUGGUCCAAGCCUCGACAUCCCCUCAGAGAUGUUGGGUCCCAGUGAGCUGUGGGCCAUUUUGCAUGCUGAGGAAACAUGGCUUCGGCUUGCCGAGGGCUCCGUCCAAUGGUUAUCCGCAAUUCCCCUGGAAGGUGGAAGUCCUGGAUUCGCAAAGCUAGGCAGUUUGCACUUCUCCAGGAUCGGUGGACCGCGGAAGUCCAACUUUUCCAUGGUCAUGUUUUGCGUGCCCUCAACAAAACUGGGGCGACUUGCUCCCCGAUCGCCCAAUCAGUUGCAUCGAAUACUGAAAUUUGUGCUCUUUGCCAGCAGGGCUUUGCUGACCUACGCGCAUGGUCACACCAUGCGUUUAAACGCCAUGGGCGAAUUCGCCCUGAAAGACAUCUCGCAGAUGGGUCUCAGUGCCCUGUCUGUUUGCGGACCUUUGCGUCCAAUGGAAGGCUUUGUAACCAUCUGCGCCACAAUCGCGGAUGCCGCGAUGCUCUCACUUCUGCUGAACACGCGGUUUGACACAGGGGAUGACUCACUUGUCCCGGUCAUGCAGGCCUCCGGACCCUCCAAGCCUUGGAGCUUUCAACCGCUCGUUCAGGAGCCGGACCGGCCUUCCGAAGAAAUUCUUGGGAGCCUCGAGACCAUUUUCUGCCAUGCUGAGGAUGGAGCCGCCUCGUAUGUUGCCCUCCUUGAACAGAUUCGGCUCGCCUUUUGUACUGUGUGUUUGCAGCGCACUAGGCUUCGAGCAACAGCCGCUGCUUGGCAUGCUUGUCUCCAAGAUCUUCUCUCCCAGGACGAGGAAUGGCCGGUGCAAUGGGCCAGUUGGCACACCAAAGCUGCUCGCUUCCUCUUGUCCAUUGAUUUAGUUGAGUGGUUGGUACCUCACCUUGUUGCUCCUGCGGCCAGCAUCAGCACCUUUCGUGAUGCCUCCACCGUCCUACCAUGGCUUGAUUUCCAUCAUGCUGUCCUUCCCUCCUGGUCUGGAGCUCGGAUCGAGAUUUCCCUUGUCUUCACAGAUAGGGUUGAACUCUCCUUGCUUCUGCCUGAGGUGCCUCUCCGCACCUACUCAGCUUGCAUUGCAGAUCCGUCCUUGCUCGAUUUCGGACAACUCUGCCAGUGCACCGCAGAGGCUGUUGUCGUUUGUGAUGUCCGGCACAUCCUUCCCUCACUUCAGCCUCCGUCCCCUCUACGGUCCUUUUCGUGUCUUGAGGCCAGGUUGCACCGGCUUCGACUGUUCAGCGAUCUUGUAAGAGGGGUUCUGCAUCUGUGGACCCAUGGUGCUGGUGCCGUCCUCCUCGUGUCUGGGUUUGACUGUCCUACACUUGGAGCUCUGACUUCCCUUGCGCCCCACAGCUCGAGCCGAGCAAAUGGACUUUUCCUGGCCAACUGCCCAUUAUCCUCGGCUCCACCUGCUCUUUUCACCCUUUAA